UACAACACAUUCAUCCUUGGCUUCUGGCUCUCGAGCGGUGCUUACGACUCAGCCUACACGUGGACCGGACUGGAUGCUUCUGUUCGCCAGGGCUACCUCGACAGCCUGCAUGCCGCCGGCAAAGUUGUGCUUGUUGCGGCCUUUGGUGCCGCCGAGUUCCCCACCCUCAGCAAGCUCGAUCCUGUCAAGACCGCCCAGAACCUCGCCGCCUUUGUGAAGCAAUAUCAGCUCGACGGCGCCGAUAUUGACUGGGAGGACAAUCCCUCGCUCGAGGCUGGCACGGGCGAGGCCUGGCUGAUCUCAUUCCAGACCGAGCUCCGCAACAACCUGCCGAGCCCCCGCUACAUCAUCACCCACGCUCCUCAGGCUCCCUACUUUGUCGGCAAGGAUCUGCCCACUCAGUAUCCCAAUGGCGGCUACCUGACUGUUGAUCAGAAGGUCGGCUCCACCAUCGACUGGUACAAUAUCCAGUUCUACAACCAGGGAUCCACCAACUACCAGGACUGCACCUCGCUCCUCAACAAGUCCCAGGCCCCCUUUAUCGGCACCUCCGUCUUUGAGAUCAUCGCAAAGGGCGUCCCCUCCGAAAAGGUCGUCAUCGGCAAGCCCAUCACCCAGGCCGAUGUCGUCAACACCGGCUUCAUGUCUGCCUCGACUCUGGCCUCGUGCAUCAGCCAGGCCAAAGCCACUGGCAAAUGGAACGCUGGCUUCUUUGGCUGGCAGAUCACCCAUGAUACCAGCGGCUGGUCCAACACUGUCGCUGCCGGCCUUUGA